AUGCCGGCGCCGCCAAUAAUACAGGAGGAAGAUGAGGAGGAGGUGACGAUUGUUGAUCGUGAGGCAGAUGGUUGGCACUGGGCAGACUCAGAUGCGGAGGUGCCCGACGAAGAGCUCCCGACUCCACCCAGGAUCCCACAGAGGCUGCGGCUUUCCAUGCUCCUCCUGGGCGACGAUGGCAAUCACUUGGAGGAGAUCUCCAAUCAGCGGCCAGCAUCCCCGCGGCUGGAGGAAGUGGCUGACUUGCUGUGGGACCUGGAAGUUGCCGACGAGGACCUCGACCUGGACUGUAUGCCGCAGACAUCUCUGCCUCCAGUGCCAUCGGCGAAGCGGCAUUUGGACAGCAACGUGGGCCUUCGCCCACGAGCUGAGGACCCACCUCAGCCAACUGUCGGACGCGCCCAAAAGCCAUACCGUUCCUUCGAGAGCCCACGCAUGAUCGUGGACAAGGUGGUGACGCUGGUGGACAAGAUAUCUCAUCGCAUGUCGGACAUGGAUGGAACUAUCCUUCCCACUCCGCGCUCACCGCCCGUCUUGGGAAGGCUGUCGAGGGCUAUCGAGGCCGGGACCAAGUUCAAGGACGUGACCAUCCCGGCUCUCAGAUUCGUGCAAGAGGCCAAUGCCCGGCUUUUCGCAGCUCCUUGGCGCAGGGAGGAGGUGCAACCCGGGAGCAAAGCUGCCGCAGCCGAGAGAUGGCAGACAGACGAGGUGCCAUGCAUCUACUCCUUCCUGCGCAAGCAGUUCGCCGAUGUCAACUUGCACAACCGCAGGUUUGUGACAGAGACCGACCUGAUCUCCUUUGCCCGCAACAGGGCAAGGCACAUGGGUCACGUCCCCGCAGACUUGGAAGACCUCCUUCGCGAAAGUGCAAGACGUUGCUUUCACCAGGCAGCGGUGCGAAAGGAAGGUAUCCGCUCGGAGGACUGGGUUCAUUUUGGCUUGCUCUCGGUGUCUUCGCCUGCUGCGCCCACGCAGCUGCUCAACAGGCGCCUGCGCCGCGAGUUGGCCGUCAACCCGCAGUUCCUCAGAGAGGCGGUCGAGGCCUUUGAACGAGCCGACACCCGAGGCACGGGCUCCUUGCACGUGACAGACAUCGAGGUGCCUCUCGAAGCUUGGAAGCUUUUUUUCGUGCAGGGAGCGGAAGUCCCGAGCAGCGUCUUCAGGCCGGGGACUUCAGAGCUCAUUCUUGACGAUUGCUUAGCUGCUUGUCCUGGGCCGAGCUGUGGCGAAUUAUUGUGCAAGACACACCGGCACACCCCGUCUCUGCAGAAGGAGCUGGGCUACUACGACUUCCUGGCCUACUGCCCUGAUCUCUGGGCUGCUAUGCCAAAUGGCUACCGACAGGGGUUCUUCUUGGACAGAACCUCGAAGGCGCAUGUCACCAGUGCUGGGCGGACGCAGCGUGGAGUUUUCCUGCGCUUCGCAGAGGGGGAGCUGAUGUCAGGCAUCUGGCAUACUGGGGUGCUGGCCUUCGGCCGGGAGUAUUGGUUCGGUGGCAAGGUACUGGCAUCAGAGCCUGGCAAGGCACCAUUUCCUCCCGGGCCCAUCCGCUGCUCGGAUCUUGGCACAACUCUCCACACCAGGGAGGAGCUAGAAGAUUGGCUGCGCUUCGAGGUUGUUCCCAGGUACACCCGUGACAACUACGACAUCCUGUCUCACAAUUGCAACCACUUCUCGGACGAGGUCGUUGGCUUCCUCAUCCAGGGCAUGGCAGCGGCCAGCCGACCAGUGCUGGUCCUGGGAUCCACUGGCGGCAUCGGUCUCCAUCUCGUAAAGCAGCUCCUGGCAACAGGUGCCCCUGUUCGCGCAGUCCUUCGCUCACCGAACAAAGUUCCAGAUGAAGUAAGGCAGGACACCAACUUUUCCAUGGUCCAAGUUCCCAGUGUCACAGAGGUUUCCGAUGAGGAGCUGGACUCCCACGUGCGCGGCUGCAGCGCUGUGGUGUCAUGCCUGGGUCACACGGAUGUCUUCGGAGAGCCCAAGGAUUUAGUGCUACAAACGACCAGACGCGUCUGUGAGGCACUGGGCAGGAUCCAGGAGCCCAAGUCUAAGUUUGUGCUUCUGAACACCGUGCUGGUAACCAACCCAAACGAUCCCAGUGACCAAGCGCGGCAUGGUUGGGCUUCGCGGAUGCUGGUCAGUGCUUUGCACUGGGCACUGCCUCCCAUGGUGGACAACACGAAGACUGCACAUUACCUCAUCGAAGACAUAGGCCAGAGCCAUGCGCAUGUCGAAUACUGCAUAGUACGUCCAGACAGCCUAUCAGACACCAAGCCAGUCUCAGACUAUGACGUGCACGAGACCUUGCAGAACGGCGUGUUUUCGCCUAUUGGGACCUCCAAAGCCAAUGUUGCUCACUUCAUGAUGCGACUGGUUCUUGAGCAAUCCGUAUGGGAGACUUGGCGAGGUGGCCAACACGCAGGCUCUGCCAUUCGAUUCUGGGGCAACCAGCCAAGAUGCGACCUUUGCCUCUACGCGCCUCCUGACGGCCAGAAAGUCAAGUUGGCACAGGUCUCCAGCGUGGAUGCUUUCAGCGCGGUGUGCGAUGUCUGCUACUUCGACAGUGCCAGCUGCGGCCUCGGAAGUGAAAGACGGCAGGCAUGGGCUAGUAUACUAUUGCUCUGCUAUUACAAAAGCUCUUUUCCUAUAUAA